AAAAGUUCUCUAUUAUAAUUUAUAAGAAUUACAAAAAAGGGGGGAAAUUUAUAUAAUUACUCUUAUCUGUAUAGAUAGAUGGUAACAGCUCUAAGCCCCAAUAGUUGGAAUGGAAGCUCUUGAACCUUUCAUGAAUACUUCUUCUUCUUCUUCAAAACCAGUUUUCACCCCUUUUUAUACUAUCCAGACUGUACCGGCGUCAAACCAUCACGGUCUUAACCAAACCGGUCCGAUCGGCUUAAACCAACUCACCCCGGCUCAAAUCUUGCAAAUCCAAACCGAAUUCUACCUCCGGCAGAACCGAAACCUAGCUCGCCGUAAAGGCCAUAACCUCCGUCCUCUCACAGCAAAUCCAUUCCCAAUGAAGAACCCAGCUGCAAGUGUAAGCAAACCGACGAAGCUCUACCGAGGCGUAAGACAGAGGCAUUGGGGAAAAUGGGUCGCCGAGAUCCGGUUACCAAGAAACCGGACUCGGUUAUGGCUGGGUACAUUCGAUACCGCCGAAGAAGCCGCCUUGGCCUACGACCAGGCCGCGUUCAAGCUCCGGGGAGAAUACGCGCGUGUGAACUUUCCCUCCCACACGCGUCACGGCGACUACAAGCCGUUGCCUCCGUCGGUUAACAAGAAAUUUCAGGCCAUAUGCGACGGCUUAGCUCCGCCGGAGCUUAAGAUUCCGGCGAAAGCCGAGGAGGGUUUACCAGGAUUUUAUGAAACAGGGAGUGUUGUCUCCAAACAGAUGAAAACCGGACCAUGUCCGAAUAACCGGUUCGUACCAGAAUCCGACAAAAAGUUGUCGGACUUGUCGAACGAAUCGCCAUGGGAGGAGAGCACGAGCUUCGGUCUGCAGAAGUAUCCGUCUCUGGAGAUUGAUUGGGACGCUCUCGCGAAACUGUCUGAACCAAAGUGAUGUCGUUUCAGUCUCCUUGUUCAUGUUGAAGUAACUUUCGGUUAAUAAAGAUCUCAUCAAUCGGUUUUUAAUGUAAAUUACAACUGUCAAUGUGCAUUGUGUAUUUCAAACUUGGA